AUGGAUGGAUCAGAAGAAGAUGAUAGAAUACAAACAGAGAAAACUUAUGAUAUAGAAGAUGAAAUUCAAGAUUGGAAAUUUUUAAAUAAAUCAAAUAUACCAAAAAGAGGUGAAAAAGAAUUUGAACCUGAUGGUACAACUAUUCAAUCUUCAGCUCUUGAAGAAUCUCAACUGACUAUGUUUAAUGCCCUUAAUAAUAUUCGUGGACAUCAUUUAAAACAUAAAUUACUCGGUGUUUGGAUUGAGGAAGGAGAAGAAGAAGGAUAUUGUUUUAUAUCUCAUGUUAGAGGAAAUUAUUUUAAAGAUUUAGGAAAAGGAAUGAAAUUUGGAAAUGAUUUACAUGGAAUGAAAUUAAAUAAUUUAGAAACUAUUUAUUUAGCUGAAAGAGGUUCAUUAAUUGUAUAUUUGAAUAAUGAAGAAUAUUUAAAUUGGUUAAAUAAAGAUGAACAUAAGGGAGAAGAAUUUGAUAUUGAAAAGAAAUUAAUUGCUCUUGAUUUGGAAUAUCUAUAUUGUUUAUUAAAUAUCCCAUUAGCUAAAUAUCAAGUUUAUGCAUAUUUGAAAAGAUUAGGCUAUGUAUUACAAGAAUUUACUCCUAAAGAAAUUUCAAUACCCAAUCAUACUCCAACAUCAGAUAGUGCAAGGAAUCAGUUCACAUUAUGGCCAAGGGAAUGGGGAAUAUUAUCCUAUCCUAUAUUUCAUUCAUUACAUUUUAAAACAAAACAUUAUUUCAAUUAUACUGAUAUAUUUAAAUCAAUUAAAUUGAAUACUAAACCAAUAGAUUAUACCCCACCUACAAAUCCAAUGAAUAUAACAUUUAAUGUUUGGAAACCAAUGCCUAAUUUUUCAAAGAAAAAUCCACCAUUACCUGAUUUUCAAUUAUGUGUUGCUGAUACUUCUAAAAAUACUAAAUUUUUAUCAUUAUCACAAAUACAAUCAUUACAUCUACAAUUACAAUCAAUUAAUGAUGAUGAAAUGCCAAAAGUUAUUCCAAAAUUGAAUACUACCAAAAAGGAGAAUAAAAAAAUGGAAUCAAAGAAAGAAAUUAGAGCUAAAUUAUAUGCUCAACGUCAAUUAAAAUUAGAUAAAUCAAUACAAUUAAGAAAUGAAUAUUUUAAAAAAAGAGAUGAAUUAUUUAAAAAUGGUGAAAAUUCAAUAAUCUUAGCAAUCGUAAAUAAUGGAAUUAUAAAUUUUUUAACAAUUUCACAAGGUCAAUUCAAUACUAUAAAAUCAAAUUCAAGAUUAAAUGAAAUUUAUCCAAAUAAAAUACAUUCAAUUAUAUACAAUUUUUAA